AUAAAUAACAUGAAAUAAAAGAAUAUGCAUGUAAAUUCCCUUUUUAAAUAAUCCGCAUUAAAAGCAAGCAAAUCUGAUGUUAUUAUGGGGGCCUAUUAAAUCAGAUUUCCUUCGCAAGAUUUUUUCCUGGUGACGACCACCACAGAGCCGCUCUCUGUUUCGCCAAUCUCGGCGAGAACACGAAGACAAGCCAAUGGCGGGAACGGAUGAGCAAGAGGAUUUCGUAAAGACUCGGGCGAUGGAGUGCGAUUCCUCAUUUGUGUGGGACGAAGAAUCGAAGCUCUAUUUCCAUGCCAGUAGUGGAUUCUACCAUGACCCUAAUGAUGGAUGGUAUUAUAGCAGCAGAGAUGGUCUUUAUUACACAUUUGAGAAUGGAACUUACGUUCCUGUUACAUGCAAUGAGGAAGAAAAGUCAGCAGCUCGUAAAUGCACCAGCCCUUUCUCAAGUAAACCCACACAGCUUGAUUCAGGUAUCCCACAACAUUUUCCAACUGAUGAAACUAAGAAUGAGCUACCGCCAUCACAAUGGAUUGAAGAGACACUGAUUGACCUUUAUUUGUCAGGAUAUAAGAAUGAAGAAGUUAAUUCGGACAGCUUACUGGCUCCCUUGACAAAUGAGCAGGGCUGUCAGGUCCAGUGUGAGGGACAAACUGAUUAUUUAGCUCUAGCUGGCCCAUUUGUUUGUCAAAAUGGUACUGAGAAUAAGCAAAAUGAUGAAUCUACCUCAGACUAUGUGCAAAACAUGGAUGAGUUAACUGACAUAAGCUUAAGCAAAGAAGAGGAAAACUGGUAUGCUCAGUACGGUCAGGUCACCCGGGUUGGUGAUGAUGAUUUGCCAAAUUUCUCUGCUGUAGAUCUGUGGGACUGGGAAAUUAUUAUGGAGACUACAAAAAACAAUCAUGCAGCAAGAUUGAUGUUGACCUUCCCGGAUGAGAUGAAGGUUCUUCGGCACCCACUUCCGAUCCAACUUCCACAAACUCCCUACUUCACGAUCUUCUCCUCCCUCCUCCGAUCAGAGUCUUUCUCGACUCCAAGCCACGACCAAACUCCUUCAAUUCUGAAAACUGCUGCCAUUCGUGACGUUCAUCUGGAUUUUGUUCGAGUGACAUCAGGGAGAGUUUACCGGUUGCGGAGCCCUAGCAUGAAAUAUUUAGUGUCUUUAUCGACAUAUGAUUCUUCCAAUCCCACAAAAGAUUGGGAUUUCCCUGAUUUUCUUGCCUCCAAUUAUGAGUAUACUCCGGUUAGUCAUGAUCAAGUCUACAACUUAGAUGGGGUUGACUAUCAAAGUUCUUUCACUACUAUAGAUGAAUUGCCUUCGACGGCUAAAAAGAAAACAAGUUCAGAAUACAGAGACAGAGCCGCUGAGAGGAGAGCAUUACAUGGUGGUUUCGGUACAGGUUUAGGACAGAAGAGUUUCCUCGAUGAAAAUUGUAUUUCAGAAGAACCCCAAACUCCUGAGACAGAUGGGGUUCUAAAUGAAGCUAUAAAUGCCUCCUUUGGCCCCGGAAGUUAUGCUAGAAAAAUUCUUGAAGGCAUGGGAUGGAAACAUGGCGAGUCUCUGGGAAGCUCCAACAAGGGCAUUUUAGAACCCCUAUGUCCUGCUGGUAAUAAAGGCUAUGCUGGUUUGGGGUGGAAUCAUACCCGUGGUGAGAACUGAUAUGAAACAGCGAAUUUUUCCUUUGGAUCAAUCACAGAAGAUCAAAUAAGGUGGCACAUUGACUCUAUUUUGAGAGUUAUGCAAGAUGAGUAUUUUGAACUCCAUUUUCUUGGAACCGUUGGAGGGGAGGUAUUGUUGCUUCUCCUACCUCUUUUAUGUUUCAUAAUUGACAUAUUCUUCACUAUACUCGUGAAAAUUUAGGAAGCAUUAGAGAAAACUGCAUUCACCAUCUAAAGAAGCAAUUUUGGAAAGGUUAUAGGUUGUCCCCACCCCAAAGUUACUACAGAGACUAAUCACCUUUUACUGCAAGAGAGAUUUUCCUUACCUUUGUCUGAAAUAUAAAAAUUUGCUCCUGAAAUUGUUAUAUUUACCAACUUAUGAGUAUGUUGCGUUACUGAUGGGGACAUCAAUGCAUAGAAGGUUUAUCAUAGAAAUGACUGUAGAUCGACGGCCACGAUUGAGUCGCUAUAUUAUUAGUUGUUGUGUGUGUUGUAUGUGAUUUAAUUUAGUUUGUGAACUUUUUCUUAAUGUUAUGUUGUAAGCCUAAGGGCAUUUGUGAAUUUUUCCUUAAUGUUAUGUUGUAAGCCCAAUGGCAUUUGUGUC